AUGGAUCCCGACAAUGGCCAGAGUAGCGGCUCCCCCGCGGAUGGCGGCCCCUCAAAAUGGGGCCCCGACCACGUGGGCUCACUGAGCAUGGAACCGGGGGAGAACGAUAUUCCACAGACGGAGCCCUCGACAUCGACCAAGCACAAUGGCCAGUACAGUCCCGUGAAGCCGGGUAAGACGGAGGCGGAUACUCGCUCGGCUCCUCGUUUCGGUCACUCUACACGCUCAUCCAGCCGGGCCCCUCGCAGAUUUAGCGGCAGCACAGCUGCUAGUACCGCCGCCAGCUCCAUCAGCGAGAUGGAGUCCAACACGCCGAGACCCUGGAGGAUCGGGGUGUGUGCCUUGGAUGUCAAAGCACGCAGCAAGCCAAGCCAAAAUAUCCUGACCAGACUUCAGUCCAAGGGCGAUUUUGAGGUCAUUGUCUUUGGCGACAAGGUCAUCCUCGACGAGGCGGUGGAGAAUUGGCCUGUCUGUGAUUUCUUGAUUGCUUUUUUCUCGGAUGGGUUUCCUUUGGACAAAGCGAUCGCAUACGCCAAGUUGCGAAAACCAUUCUGCGUCAAUGAUUUGCCUAUGCAGAAGGUGCUGUGGGAUCGUCGCUUGUGUCUGAAAAUUCUGGACCAAAUGGGAGUUCCCACCCCUAAGAGAAUGGAGGUGAAUCGCGAUGGCGGGCCGGUCUUGGAGUCAUCCGAGCUUGCUCAGCAUAUCUACAGACUCACCGGUGUGAAACUGGAGGGCCCAGAGGAUGGCACCGGUGGUGGCGCCCCGGUAACCCAGCAUGUAUCAAUGUCCGAAGAUGGAGAAGCUUUAGUGGUGGACGGCAAAGUUCUCCGGAAGCCCUUUGUGGAAAAGCCGGUGAACGGCGAGGAUCAUAACAUCCACAUCUACUUCCCUAAGGAUCAACAAUACGAUGGUGGAGGACGAAAACUUUUCCGAAAGGUUGGGAAUAAAAGCUCAGAAUACGAUGCUACCCUAUCCGUGCCACGGUCACUCACGGAGAAAGGGACGAGCUAUCUGUACGAGCAAUUUCUGCGCGUGGACAAUGCUGAAGACGUCAAAGCAUACACAGUUGGGCCUGAUUUCUGCCAUGCAGAGACACGCAAGUCUCCCGUGGUCGAUGGCCUUGUCCGACGCAAUACCCACGGGAAAGAGCUGCGGUACAUUACUAAAUUGAGUCAGGAAGAGGCAGCAAUCGCUUCCAAGAUUUCGAACGGAUUUGGUCAGAGGAUCUGUGGAUUUGAUAUGCUUCGCGUUGGAGAUAAAAGCUACGUCAUCGAUGUCAACGGCUGGAGUUUUGUGAAGGACAACAAUGAUUAUUAUGACAAGUGUGCCAACAUCCUUGGGGACAUAUUCUUGGCCGAAAGGCGGAAGUACGAGGGGUCGGUGGAGCGUUCUGAACCUCCUUCUCCAGACAUGGAUCCAUCCCGAAGAAGCACGGCCGGCUCUCAUCGACAAGCGUUGAAAACGCUCCUUAAAUCCCCGAGCACAUCCAGACUUCAAAAGGCCCACGAGCCUGUCCCCUCGGAUGUAUCGACUGGUGCUCCCUCACUUGCAUCAUCCUCGGGUUUUGAAAGCAACGAUGUCGGAGCUACUCUCAGCAAAUUGAACUCUCGGGACGGGCGCUCCGAAUCCCGGGGGUAUAGUCCUUCUAACACAAAAUCUCCAGCCUUGUCACUGCACCACCCCAAUGAUGGAGCCCCUCCGCCACUUCCUGCUUCGAAGCAUUCAUGGAAAUUGAAAGGGAUGGUGGCAGUCAUUCGACAUGCGGAUCGCACUCCGAAGCAAAAAUUCAAGUUUACAUUCCACAGCCAACCGUUCGUGGAUCUCCUCAAGGGGCAUCAGGAAGAGGUGGUGAUCAAAGGAGAGGCUGCUCUGUCGAGUGUCUCCAAUGCGGUCAAACUAGCAAUGGAACAAGAAUUGGAGGAUAUGGAGAAACUAAAACUGCUUCGCACAUCUCUUGAAAAGAAGGGGGGUGGCCUGGGACGAAGGUCCCAAACACGAAGCGACUCGAUCUCCGGGGCCACCUUCUCUCGGUUUUCGGCCGUGGAGAAUGAUCUGAUCCUAGACAAACUCCAACUUGUCAUUAAGUGGGGAGGAGAACCAACGCAUGCAGCACGUUACCAAUCGCAAGACCUUGGAUUGAACAUGCGUGACGACCUCAAGUUGAUGAACAAGGAGGCCCUGAACAAUGUUCGUCUUUUCACAAGUUCAGAACGGAGAGUGAGCACAAGUGCACAAAUCUGGGCAUGUUCAUUCCUCGACCAGAAGGAGAUACCCGAGGACCUCAUUCAAGUCCGAAAGGAUCUACUUGAUGACUCCAAUGCUGCAAAAGACGUGAUGGACAAAGUCAAGAAGAAGCUCAAGCUGCUUUUGCGAGAAGGGUCCGCACCUUCACAAUUCGCCUGGCCCAAAGAUAGCAAUAUCCCGGAACCCUCAGUUGUUCUCGCAACGGUGGUGGAACUGAUGAAGUUCCAUCGAAGUGUAAUGCGCCACAACUUUGAGAAAUUGGACCUGAGUGACUCACAACCCUCAUUGACCUCCAAAGUCUCUGAGGAUAUCGGCCUGCCGAUUCAGCCGGAUCCAAACUCUGACCUCUGUAAUAUCUCCAGUGUCCAGGGGCGUUGGUGCGCAGGAGAAGACCCGCGACUCUUUAAAGAGAGAUGGGAGAAGCUCUUUGCAGAAUUUUGCGACACCGAAAAGGUGGAUCCCAGCAAACUAUCUGAACUUUACGACAGCAUGAAAUUUGAUGCCCUCCACAAUCGACAGUUCCUGGAAUGGAUCUUCAUGCCCCCCGACAGUGACCGCGAUGACGACGAGAAGGGCAGUGUCAAGGGAAAGAGCUCCGCAAAAUCCGACUCAACUACAGAGAGUACCAGAAAUGGCACUGACACUACAAACGAAAAGGCCGAAGAGCGUACGGAAAAUCAGACAUUUGCCCAUCGUCUAGGAUUGAGAAAGCGACUUCAAGCGCUCGAGUCGCUACCACAUCUUCGGGCAUUGGACGAUUCCUACGAUCAUUACUUCAAACUCUUCCCGGGCUCUAACUCGAAUAAAUGCAAGAUGGAUGAGCGACUCUCCCAGCUCCGAGAACUGUACAAAUUGGCCAAGGUGCUAUUUGACUACGUGACACCUCAGGAAUACGGCAUCACCGACAGCGAGAAACUUGAGAUCGGUCUUCUCACCUCCCUCCCGCUACUUCAAGAAAUCGUUCGUGACCUUGAAGAGGUUCAGGCAUCUGCGGAUGCGAAGUCUUUCUUUUAUUUUACGAAAGAGUCUCACAUUUACACACUUCUGAAUUGCAUUUUGGAGGGUGGCAUCCAGACUAAGAUUGCUCGCCGCGCUAUUCCAGAGCUUGACUAUCUCUCCCAGAUUUGCUUUGAGCUCUAUGAGGCACGGGACAGCGAAUCAGCCGUCAAUUCCUACUCGAUCCGAAUUUCCAUCAGCCCCGGUUGUCACGCAUUCGACCCGCUUGACGUGCAACUUGAUUCUCGGCAUGCCAUCGGCUGCGCUCCUCGACGCAGCUUGACUGCCCAUCAAGACUGGAAAGAAGUGAUUGAAACUUUGAAGGCAAAGUUUGACACGGUCAAACUUCCGAAGUCGUUCAUCGCGGUCAAUCUGAGUGACAAGCACGUUUCUGCUCGACCGGAAGAACAGGAGCGCGUGUAA